CCCAUAAUUCCUUUUUUCUCCCUCUCUCUGUCACUCACUGUCCGUCUCUUUUCCCUUGUAUUUUCCCUCGUCCUCGAUCUUCGUCGACCAAGAUCUGCAGCAAAACCCUAGGAACCACCAUUUCCCCCCCACCGCCGAGGCGAGAGAAAGCUCCACCGCCACCCGCCAAGCUGCACUCUCCGCCCCCUUUCUCUCACUUCUCUCUUGCACGCUCGCAGCCCGACACCUCUAUACGAUCCGAAUCUUACCCUAACUUUCUCAGAGAUUUGCAGCAGGAUGUCAGCAGCCGCAGUUCCCGUGCAGCACGCCACAAUUCCUCCUGCCGACGUAGUUGGCAACGCAUUUGUUCACCAAUACUACCUUAUCUUGCGUCAAUCUCCAGAGCUUGUUCAUAGAUUUUACCAGGAUGAUAGUAAGCUUGGCCGCCCUGAAGGGAACGGGAUCAUGAGUACAACAACGACAAUGCAGGCCAUUAAUGAGAAGAUACUCUCACUCGUUUGUGGAGAUUUCAAGGUCGAAAUUCUGACAGUCGACUCACAAGAAUCUUACAAUGGUGGAGUCCUAGUCCUUGUGACGGGAUAUCUGACUGGAAAUGAUGAUUUGCGACAGAAAUUCACUCAGAGCUUCUUCUUAGCACCUCAAGAAAAGGGCUAUUUUGUUUUGAAUGAUGUAUUCCGGUAUGUUGAUGAAGCCAAGGUUUAUAAUGGGAAGCCUGAUCCAGUUGACGCUGUUGAAGUCCCUGCUACUACUGAAGAGGGUAAUGUAAAAUGUUAUGCCCUUACUGAAAAUUUUUGCUUCCUUCUAUUCAUCUUAAAUAUAUUUUUCUGGUUAGAUUCUUCGCUUGGUAAGGAAAAUCAUAUUUUGGAGCAAGGACCCAUUCUGUCAGAGGAUGUUAAUGGAGGUGAAGUUUAUGACCCAUCCGACAAUGGGGACGCUUCAGUGGAAGAGGAAGUACCAGUGCCUGAAGUUGUUGAUGAAGUUCCCGAAGAUUCACAAAUGGAUUCACAAGUGGUCAUCGGAUCCGAUGCUAAGAUUGAGGAGGCACCUAAGAAGUCAUAUGCUUCUAUUGUGAAAGUUAUGAAGGAGAAUGCUGCACCAUUUUCAUCGCCUGCUGCUUCUCCACUGAGAUCUGCUCAAAGGAAUCAAGAACAAUUGCCUACACCAGUACCUCCCUCCCAAGUAUUUGAACCACAAACCUUGAACUCAAAUGGGACUGAGAAUGGGAGUACCCAAGACACGGAAGCUGAUGGUCCUUCCAUCUAUGUCAAAGGGUUGCCUUUUGAUGCCACCCAUGCCCUGAUUGAGAAUGAAUUCAAGAAGUUCGGGAUGAUCCGUGCUGGUGGUAUUCAAGUCAAAAACCAAAAGGGGUUUUCUUUUGGCUUUGUGGAGUUUGAGGCUGCCAGUGCCGCACAAAGUGCAAUAGAGGCUUCACCUAUCAUGAUCAAUGGUUGCCGGGUUGUCGUUGAGGAAAAGAGGUCUACUGUUCGAGGAAACAGUAGGGGUCGCUUUUCAUCAGGUGGCGGCACUGGUUACAGAAAUGAUGGAGUAAGGGGGCGAGGAGGCUUUGGAGGUGGUGGUAGGGCAUAUGGCCGUGGCAGCAGUGGCAGCAGUGAUUAUGGGAGCAGGAAUCCCGGUCGUGGUGGUGGUGGCUUUUCUAACCGUGGAGGUGGUGAAGGAUAUCGCAGAUCUGAAAAGACGGGAAACAAUGGCGGUGGGCGUACGAGCCGUUCUGAUGGGCCGCCUAUGAAUGUGGAUAGAAGCACGGCGCCUCGUGUGUCUGCUACAGCUUGAAAACCGAGUUCAACUGAGGGUAAUUUUUCUUUUUGAUGGCGGCCAGUUAUUUUUGAAGUGCAGGGAUUCGUCUGGAAAUUGUUCAGUAGCAUUAAGAUGAGAUGGUUGGAAGUUAAGUAGGCGGCGAGGUAACCUGAAGUUUUCGUUAGGAGGAAAGUGUUUUUUGGUUGGUUUUGAUCCAAAUUAGAGGAGAGGGAGGGGUAGAAAUUCUUGUGUGGUAAUACUAUAGGCUAAUCAUGAUAGCUUGCAUUAGACGAUGUGGGCGGCAUUGGUUCUUUUUUGGCUAUAUGGAAAAUACUAUGAGGGCGCAUGUCUUCAUUGGCUUUUUUGUUCUCUCUUGUUUGUUUUGAUGUUAUCAUAAUGGAGAACGUGUUUGUAAACGGAAUAUAGAUUCAGGUGCUCGGUGGCGGUGGCUUCUUCAUGUAUGGAGGUGCCGUGAUUGCCUCUUCGUUACUUUUUGCAAUGUUGUGAACUACGGACGAGUCUUGGGGGUUAUAUGUUUGGCAGUUUAGAUUAGAUUGUCUUUUUUUUUUUUUUUUGUUAUAAAGGAAAGUCUCCUUGUUAACAAUCCUACUUUGAUAAUCACUAU